UUUUAAAGCGAAGACCAUAAAUAUGGGUGUGACUAUUGAAGUUUAUCGGGCCAGGAUUGGUUCACAUCACAAUUUUACAGAUUGUCGCAACAGUCUGUGUCGUCUUAAAGGUAUACUUUGGAAUCAAUUACUAUUAAUGUUUUACUUUAAUGUAUUCUGCUUGCCUUAUCUCAAAAGCCAAUUGAAUAAGAGCCAAAAAAACAGUGAAUUAUGCUUAUGGUAUGUUCAAAUGAUAUACUAUAAUAAUGUUUAUGUGCCAUUAUUACUAAGACUUUCAAAUGAUGUGGAGGAAAAUCCAGGUCCUAGGACUAUAAAUGAUAUAGUUGACCCUGCUUGUACAAUCCAUGCUGAUUUUAAUCAAGGUAAUGACUUAAUGUUUGGGGUGAAUGCUGGUAAACAGUGUGUUGCCAUGUCACUAUAUGCAAUUGUUUACAAAGAAAUUAAAUCAGUCAAUAUUUGGGACAAGUCAAUUCUAAACACAAUUUUAAUAAGUGGAAACAGUUUGUAUUGUGUUAUCAGCCGAAGUAUAAAUAAGAGUUAUUUAUUAUUAACUGAUGUCCCUGAGUUUGUAGACAUAGAUAAUCAUACCUUUAAUUUGCAAUACAGUGAUUCCUUUUCAGGAGCAUUAUAUUUGAGUGAAAAUAGUUUUCCAUAUGUGACUCUUGAGCAUGCUUUGAAUGAAGUAUUUUAUUCUUUAAACUAUAAAAGUUGUUUACUUACAAUUGGUAUGAACACUGUGGCAAUCAUGAUGCCUUUUCCUGGUGUGUUUAAAGUGUUUGAUUCUCAUUCUCGAGAUAUGUAUGGUAGACCAUCCGCAUUGCAUUAUUGUGUUUUGAUAUCAGUGGAAGGGAUAGAAAAUCUUGGAGAGUAUUUUCGGUUAACAUCAAGGUGCAUCGAAGCAAAUAUUGUUUUGCCAUUUGAGUUAAAGGGCGUAAAGUGCAUCAAUAAUAAUGAUUUAGAAACACUAGUAUUGUCUACAGAAGAUAAUGGAAAUACAGAUAUGACAGAUACUACUCAGCUAGUUGAACAACAUAAUGUUAACAGAAAAGAGUUGAACAGUCAAAUAAUUGGUAGUCAAAUAAAUACAUGUAGGAAAAGGGUGAGACCAGAUGAGUCCACUCAGCAAAGGGAAACUAAACUUGCAAAAAAAAGAAAUGCUAAGAAAGUAAGAAGGCAAAAUUAUUCAGCAGAGGAAAAAGAAGCUAGACUUGCAAAAAAUAGAAAUGCUGAGAAAUUAAGAAGACAAAAUGAGUCCGCAGAGGCAAAGGAAGCUAGACUUGCAAAAAUUAGAAAUGCUGUGAAAGUAAGAAGACAAAAUGAGUCAGCAGAGGAAAAGGAAGCUAGGCUUUCAAAAAAUAGAAAUUAUCAGAAAGUAAGAAGACAAAAUGAGUCAGCGGAGGAAAAGGAAGCUAGGCUUUCAAAAAAUAGAAAUUAUCAGAAAGACCUUUGUAUGUUUGCACUUGCUGUGACCAAUUAUGGUAUAAACAUUCUGUUUCUCUGGCAGACAGACUAA